AUGUAUGCACGACUGAGUAACACUUCGCAAUCUUAUUAUUCCAUCAUUUCCAAGAUAUUCCAGCUGCUUGCAAUUAUUGGCUCUAUAUCUUUGGUCGAGGCGGCGACUGUUGGUGAUCCACUUUUCCGCAUCCAUGAACCUACUUACGCCUUUCUGGAUUGCUCUGCGUGCAUCGCAUUCGCGGGACAUUUGGGUAGACGCAUGAAUGAAUCUAUCCGCUACGGUGGAAGAGGUGGUGCCACUUUUCUUUCGAGCCACCGCCUUGGAAAAGAUAAUAAAUUAAAACGACGUGAUUACGCCACAAGCGAGCUUCGAGGCGCUGAGGUGCUGGAAAAGAUAUGUAACGAUAGUUUGUUUGAUGACUAUGCUUUGCACUUCCGUGCCGACAUGCGCAUUCGUGUGUACGAUAAUGGAGAAUCGGAAUACCCACUAGCGCAGCACUACAGCAAAGAGGACUCACGAAUACUCAAAGCUGUCAAGACAAAGGCCGUUCACGUGUUCUGCACGCGUGUUAUGGAUGAAGAAGAAGAUGCCAUGACAAGCCUUGUGAGAGAGGUUGAGUUGCUGAGUGAAUUGGAGCAGCGACUGUGCGGUGGGUAUUUGGAGAUGCGAAAUAUUACGGCUCCGCCUUUUCCUGUAGAGAAGGCCGUAACGGCUGUUUGCGUUGGGGUGGAGCCGAGCAUAGAGGCAGAAGUAAGACGGUUGGAGAAGUACGAGAAGUGGCAGGCAUCUAUUUCAAAAGGUACGUCACAGGACAAAAUGAAAGGGGCGGAAGGAGCGGAAUCGGUGGUUGUGAAGGGCGUUCAGUACUCAAAGGAUGACCCGCUGAGUUUCACAGUCUUACGGAAGCCUAAUGCUAAAUCGAAUGGUGACACCACUGAAGGUGGCUCUGACGCUGCUGAAGACGUUCGCAAACAACCUGAUAAGGAUUCAGUGUUCAUGAAUUUCGACUUGUAG